CCCAGGACUACGAACAGGCGGUGCGGCUGUACAGCGAGGCCAUCGCGCUGUGUCCCGGCAACGCGGUGUACUACGGCAACCGGAGCCUGGCGCACCUGCGCACCGAGAGCUACGGUCCUUCCUCCCUGUCCCCCGAUGUCCCCACGGCCGUGGGGACCUUCAAGGUGGCCAAGGUGCGGCCGCACGACCGCGACGCGCGCCUCAAGCUGCAGGAGUGCAGCCGCAUCGUGAAGCAGAAGGCCUUCGAGCGCGCCAUCGCCAGCGACCCGCACAAGCGCUCCGUCGUCGACUCGCUCGACAUCGAGAGCAUGACCAUCGAGGACGAGUACAGCGGCCCCAAGCUGGAGGACGGCCGGGUGACGCUGGCCUUCAUGAAGGACCUCAUGCAGUGGUACAAGGAGCAGAAGAAGCUACACCGUAAAUGCGCCUACCAGAUCCUGGUGCAGGUCAAGGAGGUCCUCAGCAAGCUGCCCACCUUGGUGGAGACCACGUUGGAGGAGACGGAGCAGGUGACGGUGUGCGGCGACACCCACGGGCAGUUCUACGACCUCCUCAACAUCUUCGAGCUCAACGGCCUCCCCUCGGAGGCCAACCCCUACAUCUUCAACGGGGACUUCGUGGACCGCGGCUCCUUCUCGGUGGAGGUCAUCCUCACGCUCUUCGGCUUCAAGCUCCUCUACCCCGACCACUUCCACCUGCUGCGAGGGAACCACGAGACGGACAACAUGAACCAGAUCUACGGCUUCGAGGGCGAGGUGAAGGCCAAGUACACGGCGCAGAUGUUCGCGCUCUUCAGCGAGGUCUUCGAGUGGCUCCCGCUGGCCCAGUGCAUCAACGGCAAAGUGCUGCCCCGCGGCCCCCAGGACGGGCGCUCGGUCAGCAAGCGCGGCGUGAGCUGCCAGUUCGGGCCCGACGUGACGCGCCGCUUCCUGGAGCGCAACCGCCUCGACUACGUCAUCCGCAGCCACGAGGUGAAGGCCGAGGGCUACGAGGUGGCCCACGGUGGCCGCUGCGUCACCGUCUUCUCCGCGCCCAACUACUG